ACCGGCAGCGGCCGGGAGGAGGGAGAGCAGGAGGCGGCGGCCGGGUGGGAACGCAGCGAGGACGUGCGGCUGCUGCGCGCAGGGCUGCCUCCCGCCGCCGUCCCCACCGCGGCCGCCCGCGACCCGAGCGGACGUCGCCCGCCAGGGACGCCGCCCGGCCGUCCGAGGAUGCCGCCGCCGGGCGACCAGGACCGCGCGCGCCGCCGCAGCCGCCGCCGGCGGAGGGACCUUCUGCUGAGCCAGCUCUGCUUCCUGGCCUCGGUGGCGCUGCUGCUCUGGUCGCUGUCGAGCCUGCGAGAGCAGAAGGAACUUGACCUCAUGGAUCUCAUUGGGGAAGAUAGAAAAUGGAUGGUGGGGAGGAAGCUGAUGCAGGUGAAUGAUACACUGACUUCUGAAGAUGCAGGACUCCGGAGCAGCAAGAACUGCACAGAACCAGCCCUGCAUGAGUUCCCCAGGGACAUCUUCUCCAAUGAAGACCGACGACAAGGAGCAGUGGUCCUCCACGUGUUCUGUGCCAUGUACAUGUUCUACGCGCUGGCCAUUGUGUGCGAUGACUUCUUCGUCCCAUCCUUGGAAAAGAUUUGUGAGCGCCUCCACCUCAGUGAAGAUGUGGCAGGAGCCACAUUCAUGGCAGCCGGCAGCUCGGCCCCAGAGCUGUUCACGUCGGUCAUAGGAGUCUUCAUCACAAAGGGUGAUGUGGGAGUUGGCACCAUCGUGGGCUCUGCCGUGUUCAACAUCCUGUGCAUCAUUGGCGUCUGCGGGCUCUUUGCAGGGCAGGUGGUGGCUCUUUCCUCCUGGUGCCUGCUGAGGGACUCCAUCUACUACACGCUGUCUGUGGUCGCACUCAUUGUGUUCAUUUAUGAUGAAAAAGUUUCUUGGUGGGAAUCUCUAGUCCUUGUGCUGAUGUACCUCAUCUAUAUCGUCAUCAUGAAAUACAAUGCGUGCAUACACCAGUGCUUUGAAAGGAGGACGAAAGGUGCCGGGAACAUGGUCAACGGAUUGGCCAACAACACAGAAAUCGACGACAGCAGCAACUGCGAUGCCACUGUGGUGCUACUCAAGAAAGCCAAUUUCCACCGCAAAGCAUCCGUGAUCAUGGUGGAUGAGCUGCUGUCUGCCUACCCACACCAGCUUUCUUUCUCUGAGGCUGGCCUUCGAAUUAUGAUCACAAGCCACUUUCCUCCUAAGACCCGGCUCUCCAUGGCCAGUCGCAUGUUAAUCAAUGAGAGACAAAGACUGAUAAACAGCAGGGCUUAUACCAAUGGGGAAUCUGAAGUGGCCAUCAAAAUCCCAAUUAAGCACACAGUGGAGAACGGAACAGGGCCCAGCAGUGCCCCAGACAGGGGCGUGAACGGAACCCGGAGGGACGACAUCGUUGCCGAGGCUGACAAUGAGACAGAGAACGAGAAUGAAGACAAUGAGAACAAUGAGAAUGACGAAGAGGAGGAGGAGGAUGAAGAUGACGAUGAAGGCCCCUACACGCCGUUCGACCCCCCCUCUGGCAAACUGGAAACUGUGAAAUGGGCUUUCACCUGGCCACUGAGCUUUGUCUUGUACUUCACUGUCCCUAACUGUAACAAACCCCACUGGGAGAAGUGGUUUAUGGUGACAUUCGCUUCCUCUACGCUAUGGAUCGCAGCCUUCUCCUACAUGAUGGUGUGGAUGGUUACCAUCAUCGGCUACACACUAGGGAUCCCUGAUGUCAUCAUGGGGAUCACCUUCCUGGCUGCCGGAACCAGCGUGCCAGACUGCAUGGCCAGCCUCAUUGUAGCCAGACAAGUUGUAGCAUUGGUGAUUGGCAAAGCCUUCAUCUGGAGUCGGAACAAGAAGGUAAAUGGGCAAGGAGAGAAGUCAGGAAAACUGAAGCCUAAUAUUGUUCUCCCUUCCUUCCAGAUUCGGCUGAAUAGCAGAGGGCUCAUCUACUCCGUGGGCUUGCUCCUGGCCUCUGUCUUUGUCACGGUCUUUGGUGUUCACUUGAACAAGUGGCAGCUGGACAAAAAGCUGGGUUGCGGAUGCCUCUUCCUGUACGGCGUGUUCCUCUGCUUCUCCAUCAUGACGGAGUUCAACGUGUUCACCUUUGUGAACUUGCCCAUGUGUGGGGACUAACAAUUGGCCAGGCCACCUGCUGAGGCCCAGGUCCUUCUUUUCUGUGCAAUACGAGACCCGGCCGCACCCGAGUCAGGCGGCCCCUCAACAGCCGAGGCAUCCGUCUCUCCCGUGCUGUCCAUAGGCCUCCACUCCUGUCCUGGUGGCCUAGGCUCUCCCUGCCACCUCCUUUGCUCCCCAACUCCCUCGGUCCUACCUCCCAGCCGGCCCCUCUCACCCGCCCACCCCAUUCCUGCCUCCUCUUCUGUGUGAAGACAUCCAACAUCCACAUGAAUUUUCAAGCUCCAUUUUUGAACAGUGACUGAGUUCUAGAACAAAACUGGCUGCUAACUGGCCCAAGCCAGGCACAACUUACUCCAAUCCCUCCUCCUUUUUUAAGUUAUUUCACAGAAGAUACCCUAAUUUAUGACCAGAGACUUUAAGGAAACAGGAGAGGGUCCACUGAUGGCAGGAACUGUUGGGUUUGUUUUGUUUGGGAGUGAGUCCUAGGUUACGGGGCUCGGGGAAAUUGUUUAAUUUGAGGGGGCACUUUUGUUCCUUUACUUUUCUUUCAGAGACAGAGGAAUCCCCUCGCGUCUUCUCUCACUGGGCUCUGGCUUAAUAGCUGAUCCACAGAUUGUACUGAGUGUCUCCUGGGGUUGAAUCCCAGGCACCGAUGGGAAUCUAAUAAUUAGUUGGGAAACCACUGAGCAAGACCACCAGGAAUAAAUGCAUGACAUGACAUUUUUCUGCCCAAGGGACACAUCACUCAAGUCCCAAAGGCUUCACCUGGGGGUGGGGGGCUGUAAGGUGUUAGAGGAAGAAACCUGCUUCACACAUAAUCACUAUGACCAUCUCUCUCCCACUAGGUUCUUUCUAGUUUUUCAAGCAAUAGUUCUCGCCUGCCUGAGACCUUUGACAGGGAGGCCCUGGCUACCUGUCCAUAGGGACACCAGGCACCAGGCAGUCAACGACAGAAACUUUCCCAGCGUGUGAGUCCUUGAAAUGUGCUCUUGUUGCUUGGCAUUUGUGGUGACAGGGAGUGACCCCAGAGGCCAUCACUGUGCUCUGGACAGAAGUUACAGACACUGGUUUCUUGGAAAAUGAAGAGAAAGCACAUUUUGCACAGAUGUCGUCGAUGAAGUCCCAAUUUGCCACUUGGUAUCGAGUACACUGGACCCUGACAGCUGGCUCUUGAGCAAGCAUCCUUCUUUACAGGAUGCCACCAACAAUGCCACCAACAAGCUAGCCAGUUUCACCCCUCCCCUCCCGGAGGGAUGGCCAGGGAGGGAGAAAGCAGAAAACUGCUGUGUUGAAAACCACAGAAUGGGUUCACCUCAGACUGGCUCAAGGGCACAAGGUAUUGUGAACAUUUCACCAAUCACUGCUCAACCGCCCUGCUAGAUUUUCUAUGACGCUGAAUUAUUAUGCAGAAUAACUCCACCAAGUUGAGAUACACCCAUGCUUGUUACACUUGUAUUUAUUGAAACUGUGGAUUCUUGCCCGCCCGUGCUCUCCCUUGUAUUUACUUUAAGCACUGAUCACUUAUCCAUUCGGUAUGGUUUUUCCCAGUCCCUUGUACACAUCCUGGUUUGAAUUGUAAAAAAAAAAUAAUAAUAAUAAUAACCUGCUACAGGCUGGUUGAAUGUUUCUGUCUGAGCUGCAAGCUGAGGGGGAGCGUCAACCGAGGACCAGGAGUGGAAAUCACCAAUUUGGGCUCUCAGAGCUGAGACACACUUACUGAUUUGGUUGCACAUUUUGCACUGGUUUAUGGCGAUUGUUUUCUUGGGCGAAUGGUGUAAAAUAAACUUCUCUGUUCUG